AUGGCCGCAUCGCCAGACAACUCGUUCGGCCCCAGGCUACCGGGCAAGUUUGACUUUACCCUCCUCUUCGAGCAGGCCAUGCUUUCCAUUGUCCCGGCAGCCGUCAUCGUCCUGGCCGUGCCCUACUACGUGCGCCUCGCCCUGCGCGCCCCGGCGCUGGUCCGCCCGGGACGCCUGCUCUGGCUCAAGCUAGCCGCCGGCUCCGCGAUGCUGGCCGUAGACACAGCGAGCUUGGUCCUGUGGGCGCAGCGAGGCCCGGCGCCCGUCCGUUACUCCGAGCUCUCGGUCCCGGCCGCCGCCAUGUCUCUCGUGUCGUCGCUCUGUCUCCUCGUUGUACUUUACGUGGCGCACAUAUACUCGCUUCGUACCUCGGGCUUCUUGAGCGUACUUCUUACUGUCACCAUGCUAUUCGAUGUGGUCAUGACGAGGUCCUACUUUCGCAGGGCUGGACUCGGUGCCGUCGGUGCGCUGCAGAUAGUAGUCAUCGCAGCCAAGUUCUUCCUUGUCGUUUUUGAGGAAUUCCCUAAACACGGCUCGUUCCGCUCCGAGUCCUUGCGUUGCUCUGCUUCCAAGGAAACUGUCGCCGGCUUCUGGAACCGUGCCGUGUUUGGCUGGCUCAACUCCCUCUUGAUCUUUGGCUUCAGAAAUUCGUGGAAGCUUGACAAUCUGCCCCCCAUUGAUGAGAAUCUGGAAUCUUCCAUUCGUCGAUACGACCACUUCGUCCCAAAGUGGAAUCGAGUUAACAGAGCGUCUGGGUAUGCCCUUCCAAUGGCUCUUCUGUUCGCCACAGCGCGAGACGCUACCAAGAUGAUACUUCCGCGACUCCUGUUUGUCGGCGUCGCAUUUUCUCAGCCCUUUCUGCUCUUCAGUAUUGUCAAUGCCGUAAACGGUGAGCUCGACACUCAGGUGACUCGCGCCCUUAUCGCAGCCACGGCCUUGGUCUUCAUCACGAAAACGCCACUGACCAGAGAGACGCAGGUAACGCGCGCCAUAUAUGAGCACCUGGUGUAUCGCAUCAUGACGUCCACCAGAGGCAUACUCGUCGUCGCCAUUUACGACAAGAUUCAGCGACUACCCAGUGAAGAGCUCAGCAAGUCGGUUGCUGUAACCUUGAUGACAUCUGGAACAACGGCCGUCGAGCAGAUGCUCUCACUGUAUUACGAGCUCUGGUCGUGCGCUCUUCAGGUCGCCCUGGGCAUCUGGUCGCUGAACUUGUACGUUGGCCCGGCGUGCUAUCUCAUGCUCAUUCCGGGGAUAAUCUCCUUCGUCGCAUCACACUACAUCGGCCAGGCCAUGGCAAAGGCACGUCUCGCCUGGAACUUGGAGAUAGAGUCUCGAGUCGGAGCGACAUCCAAUGUUCUUGCGCAGAUGAAAGGCAUAAAGUCCAUGGGUCUCUCGCAAAUGAUGACCGAGUACCUUCAAGAGUCACGACGCAAGGAAAUCCGGGUCUCGUUGAAAGAGCGUAAGACGCGAGUUUGGCUGUUUGCUUUCUCUGCGAUAAGCAAUACUUUGCCACCAAUCCUUGUCGUUGCCGGUGCAAUUUUCUGGACUCGCGAGUCAAAGCCCAUGACCCUAGCAGAAGUCUUUACCGUCAUCACCAUCAUCCUCGUCGCCGCGGAACCUUUUCGGACCCUACUCAUGAGCAUUUUUCCAGACGCACUCACGGUCGCCGAGGCAUGCGUCCCGGGAGAGAAACAAUCGCCGCCACCACAUAUGGCCUCACGGUCGAUGCAGUUUGCCGUCCAGUUUGACCGUGUUGCUGUCACAUCUGUAUCCAAGGGUCCGAUACUCAAGGAGGUGAGUUUUUACAUCCCAUGGGGGAGUCUGGCAAUGUUUUGGGGCCCAAUCGCCAGCGGCAAAUCGACUCUGCUGCGUUGCAUUCUCGGCGAAACCAGGUUAGACUCGGGUGUCGUCGCCGUGGGAACAAGAUCCAUUGGCUACUGUAACCAAGGAUCAUGGAUCCAAAACCGAACGCUGCGCGACAAUGUGACGGGCGUACUCGAAUAUGUUGAGCCGUGGUAUCGCGAGGUCAUUGUUGCCUGCGGUCUUGACGUCGACAUCGGCUCCAUGGUCAACGGCGACCAGGUUAUGACGGGAACAGGUGGUUGCAAUCUUAGCGGCGGUCAAAAGCAACGAGUUAGCUUGGCUCGCGCAGUGUAUGAGCAAACGGAUAUCCUCGUCGUCGAUGACGUAUUCAGCGCGCUGGAUCCUGAGACUGCCAAGCUUGUAUUCAGCAACCUGUUUGGGCGCCAAGGUCUGGUGCGACGAUGGAACUGCACCGUAGUCCUCACGACAAACCAUUUGGAGUUUUUGGAUGACGCGGAUGUAAUUUUCCAGCUCCACAAGGGCGGUCGUGUUGAACAGCAGCAAGUCGAGCUUUCCGAUGAAUCGUCCGCUUCUGGUAGCAUCGACGACAAUGCCGGCGACUACUUCAGAAGACCAGAGUUUCUCGAGAAUGGAAAUGGUGAGAUGAAUGAUAAUGCUGAGCUGAGCGACAAUGAAGACGGCUUGCCUGCCAAUGCCGCACGGAACACGGAGCCACCAUCUGUCAAGCCUGCGACAGAUGACAUUGAGCUGCAAAAUGCGAGGGAGAAGAGAAAGUAUGGGGACUGGUCUCUAUAUAGCUACUACUUGGGAGCAUCUGGCUCCUUUCUAGCCAUAUUUUGGGUAUGCUUCACUGCUCUUGCCUCCACCGUAGAGCAGUUCCCAAUCAUAUUCAUCAAGAUUUGGUACGUUCGAAAUGCUGCGAAUACCUACUACUUUGCCGGUUAUGUUGGUAUUUCGGCUCUUAACAUUGGCCUCGACGUCAUGGUCGGCGGCUUUGGCCAGGACAUUUUCCUCACUUCACAGUAUCUCCCCAUUACUCUCAUGCAGUUUCUUUACACUCUAUUCACAGUUCUUGUCGAAAUCGGCAUCAUCGCUGCUGGCUCUAUUUAUACGGCUCCAAUUAUGGUAUUCCUGCUAGCGGCCCUCUUCAUCAUCCAGUUCUUCUAUCUUCGUACUUCCCGCCAGCUACGACUUCUUGAAUUGGAAUCGGCUGCGGAUUUGUACUCCCACUUCACCGAAACCAGCACAGGCAUCCAGCUUGUCCGCUGUUUCCGGUGGCAGAGGAAUUUCUUGCACCAGCUCUGCGUCCUGCUUGACAAGUCCCAACGCCCAUAUUACUACCUCUUCUGCUGCCAACGUUGGCUUCACGCGGUCUUGGACUUCGUCUCAGCCGCCGCGGCGCUGAUUCUGGUCGGCGUGUCGCUUUCGCGGCCAGGCGGAGCAUCAACAGGCAGCGUUGCGUUGGCGCUGCUCAGCAUCAUCGGCUUCAAUGCCACGUCUUCGUUCCUCAUCAGCUCCUGGACCAAUCUCGAAACCGGUCUUGGGGCUAUUUCGCGCAUCAAGAACUUCUGCUCUGAGACCCCGAGCGAGAAGGAUACACUUUCUGGACCCGAACUCAGCGAACAAUGGCCGAGUCACGGGCGCCUCGACUUCAACUGCGUCGGUGCCAGCUACCAGGCGGAGGACGGCAGUCUGCAAAGGGCUCUGGACAACGUCACUUUCACGGUUUUUCCUGGUGAAAAAGUAGGAAUCAGCGGCCGAACCGGAAGUGGCAAGUCGUCAUUGCUCAUGGCAAUCCUUCGUAUGGUCGAUUUCACGGGAACUAUCAGCAUUGAUGGCCGAGAUUCCCGUAGUGUGCCUCGAGAAUUACUCCGGUCGCGCAUCACCACUCUGACGCAAGAUGGCGUUGAGCUAAAGGGGUCCGUGGGACUAAACCUGUGGCCGUUUGCCGGCCCCAAACCAGACGAGGCUCUCAUAACGUCGACUCUGCAGUCAGUAGGGCUGCUCAAUCACGUCAACCAACACGGCGGCCUCAACAAGUCGAUUUCCUGCAUGGGGCUCUCCGUCAGCCAAAAGCAGCUGCUCUUUUUGGCGCGUGGCAUCUUGCACCAACAGGCCAUGCACACGAGCAUCGUCAUCAUGGACGAGGCCACCAGUGCAAUGGAUGGCGGUACUGACGAUGCGCUUCAAGACUUGCUGGACAAUACGUUUGCAGGGUACGUUGUCGACAUUUAA